AGCCUUGUUCAGGGGUAGAAUGACAGAUUUUUCUUCCCCCUUGUGUGCUGUCCUUCUGGUAGCUUUAUGGGCCUUGCACAGCUGGUGAGCAAUCAGCCCUUGGUUACUCACCAGCUCCCAAUCAGCCCCAAUUAGUCCUGACCGGAGAGCCCGUCGAGACCUGGCACGUCCAGCAGAUGGACCCAUCGCCUCGUGAUGUACACUGCGUCUGUCACCACGCCUUGACGAGUCUCCCCCUGGUGGCUGACCUGCUGUACGCCACACCGGAUUCUGGGGUCCAUUCUUCCUCGCUGUCAGUGUCCUAAAGGGGUCAUUGUCCUCGCUAUCAGAGAAGAGGAGACAUAAGAUCUGAGACCCUAAGAUGAGCAGACCACAGGAUGAGUUGGCAGAGGAGGGGGAGGAGGUGUUCAGGAACCUUACAGAGGUAAAGAAGAGCCAGAUAGUGAUGCCCUGCCAUGCCAACCACCGGCAGGAGCUCAGUGUGGGUCAGCUGCUCAAAUGGAUGGACUCUACAGCCUGUCUUUCAGCUGAAAGGCAUGCUGGGUGUCCUUGUGUCACCGCCUCGGUCGAUGACAUCCACUUUGAACACACUAUUGGGGUUGGACAGGUGGUCAACAUCAAGGCCAAAGUCAACCGAGCUUUCAACACCAGCAUGGAGGUUGGCAUCGUGGUGAACUGUGAGGACCUGUUCAGCGAUAGCCACUGGAGGGUGUGUCAGGCAUUUGCCACGUUUGUCACCCAGCGCACUAUGGGAGGAAAGUGCGUGCGUGCAUUUGUGUGUGUGUUUGUGUGUGCGCGUGUGUUCACUCCACAGGUGCAGCUGCGUCCGUUGGUCCCCCGUACUCAGGCGGAGCAGGUGGAGCACAGCCUAGCAGCUGAGAGGAGGAGGAUGAGGCUGGUCCACGCUGACAUCAUGAAGGACCUGCUCACCAACAGGGCCUUUCAACAAGUGGAGGUCCAGGAGGCUGAGAAGGCAGUGCCAGCAGAGAGGACGCAGGUAGAGAGUGUAGAGUUGGUUCUCCCUCCUCAUGCCAACCACCAGGUCAACACGUUCGGAGGACAGAUCAUGGCCUGGAUGGAGAACGUGGCUACUAUCGCUGCUAGUCGUCUGUGUAACGCCCACCCCACCCUGCGGAGCAUUGACAUGUUCCAUUUCAGGGGUCCCUCACAAGUGGGCGACCGGCUGGUCCUCAAAGCCAUCGUAAACAACGCAUUCAAGAACAGCAUGGAGGUGGGCGUGUGUGCAGAGGCCUAUCAGGGGGAGGAGCCUCUGAGGCACAUCAACAGCGCCUUCAUGACCUUUGAGGUCUGCGACAGGGAUGGCAAGCCCUGCACGUUGCCAAAAAUACAACCUGAACCCCUGGAGGGAAGGAGACGGUAUCAGGAGGCCAUCGCUAGAAAGAAAAUACGACUUGACAGGAAGUACAUAAUAUCCUGCAAGCAGACCGAGGUGCCCUUAUCUGUACCGUGGGACCUCAGCAACCAGGUGUACCUGAGCUACAACAACGUGUCUGCUUUGAAGAUGCUGGCUACCAGAAACAACUGGGUGUUAAACUCUGAGAAAAACAAGGUGAGCCUGUAUACCCUGGAGCAGAAGCAGGUGUUGAGUUUUAAGAUUGAGUUUGAGGCAGACGUCCCGGCUGAGAGGGCCUUCAUGGUGCUCUCUGACCUCAGCAAGAGAGUGGAGUGGGAUCCAAACUACGAGAGGUGUGAGCUGAUUCGUAGGGUGGACGAUGAUGACUUUCUGUACCGCGUGGUGACUCCCUCCAUAUGCCGGGGUGGGGUCAGUUGCAGCUCUUCAGCCAAUCAGGGAGGGAUGGUCCAGGACUUCAUUCUCCUGGCCUCCAGGAGACCACCGUGUGACAGCGGGGACCCUUAUGUUAUUGCUCUGCGUUCGGUCACUCUACCCACACACCCUCCUACAGAGGGCUACAACAGAGGGGAGGUGCUGUGUGCCGGCUUCAGCAUCAUGGAGGUCUCCAACACUGUAUCCAAGAUCUCCUACUUCAACCAGGCGUCUCCCGAGGUCCUGCCCUACAUCUCCACAGACAUCGCCGGGCUCUCCUCCAGCUUCUACAGCACCUUCUGCACCUGUAGUACCUUCCUCCAGGACAACAGGGACAACCCUACCCCCAAAGACCAACCACCCUCCUCCACACUGAAUAGUACACUACUGUAAUCCCCUAUCCUCACCACACCUGACCCCCUCACCCUCAAUGAGUAUUGUGCUGAUGGAUUUAACAGACUGCCAUUAGAUGAUCUGAUGAAGUUCAAGUCUUCUUUUAUUAGACUGAAUAAUGUAAGGAGCCUGUUCAUAAAUAUGUUUGUGCUGUCUUGCCAACUCCUAUGGCCAUUGACAAUGACCGUAAAAUAUAUCUGGGACCAGGCUAAUGAAAGAGGAGCAUCUACAGCAAACAUUUUUGGGGCGCUGAUGGUUUUUAACAAUGUUUUGCAUCUCCAAUUAUAACAUGUGAAAAUUAUGAGAUGUAAAUUGUAUUUUAAGUUUUCCAGAGAAUGAAUACUAACGAGAUGUUUUUUUUUACUGAGAAGAGCUCUGUAUUUUCAGAAUACAGAAAGUAACACUGCAUUUGAUGUCAGAUGUGUUUUAUGAUGUUUUUUAUGACGAGACAUUCAAAUGUUUCAGCCAAGUUACACAUAAGAUAAGAAUAUCAUAUCUUAAACUACAGGCAUUCAAGUUAUUUAUAUAUAUAUAUAAAACAAUUGAAACUACAAAGAUGAUUGUACAAAAUUAUUGCUAACAAUUUUACAAUAAAUAUAUUACAAUUAAAUUGAA